GGCAGCACAGAAAUAAAUCGAUACAGCUCUCUGUCUACUGUCUAGCCCCCCUCGCCUUUUCUUGCCCAGUUUAUUCGCAAAUGGCGUUCAGUUAAUCGGUGUGAAGUGCAGAAUGAAAUACGAUAAUUUUAGUGGAGUGCAUGCGAUUUUAGAUUGAUUAAAUAUUGAAUCUUUAAUAUCGAUAAAACAACAAAAAUCCGGAGUGUUUUCAUUGAAUAAACACAGUGCAGUGCAAGCAUUUUAUUGGCUACGCGCCGCGGACAUGCUACGAUCGUUGGCCUUGUGCUUUUAAGGAGCUGAUAGUACAGUGAAGUUAGUUUAUUUACCGAAAUAAAUACUGGUCUUCUACAAUCACUGUACUAUGUUGCUCUGAAAAUCCACAUAACCUCACUUUCAAGUUCUGUCUUUCGGCGUCCAGUGUAAACGAACGAAAACAAAGUGCAAAAAUGAAACGAAAAAUACGAAUAUGUACCGAUGGCCACCUGCAAAAUCUUGAAAAAACAUUCAAAUCUCUGCUGCAGAACGAUUUACUGACAGACUGUACAUUAUGGUGCAGAAACGGGUCCAUCAGGGUGCACAAGCUGGUUUUAGCAGCGGUGAGCCCGCAUUUCCGAAAAAUUUUCCUGGAUAGCGAUCAAAAUUCUUCUGUAUACAUGUACGGAAUAGCGAUAGACCAGCUGCAGUAUCUGAUAGAGUUAAUUUAUAAAGGUACUAUCGAGGUACCUGGCAGGAAUUUCAAUGCUGUUUAUGAUUUUGUUGAGAGUUUGGAGAUCACUGGUUUGAUGGUGGAUACGUCUAGAAAGAAAGAGAAAGAAAAAUAUAGCAAAAGCAGAACACAUUCUAGAGUAAACAGUGCACCUGUAACUAAUGCAGAAGCAAAAAAAUCAGGUGCUCCAGACAGCAGUCAACUUCAUAAUGCAGAUACUGAAGGUCAAUCAGGAACUGGAAUCCAAAAUACAACAGUUGCUGAUACAAGUGGAGAUACCACUGAACAUAAUGCCACAGGAGAGAAGACAGACGAUGUUUCAGUUGAUGUAGAAUCAGGACCGAUGAAAUUAAGUACUGAGUCGGAAGAUGAGACUGAUUUAACUGUGAGUGAUGGUGGCACUACUCCUGGGCCUGAUAAAGACGUUGCCAGUCAAGAACUCACACCUUGGCAAAAGAUGGAAAGGAAAUUCAUUUGCUUAGAAUGCCCUAGACGUUUCAAACGAGCGUCUCACUUAGCGAGACACCAGCUGGUGCAUUCAGGGGAAAAACCCCACGAGUGUGACAUGUGUCACAAAACAUUUUCCAGACAUGAUAAAUUAAAAACGCACAUCAAGAAAAUGCAUACACCGAAGGAUGUGUGUCUCCCCCCAGAAGCUUUAUAUGCAGUCGAUCAUGUCCAAAUCCUAACGGGUGAUCCGGCAAAUGAGGAAGAACGUUGCGAUAGCAUAGGAUCUACAUCAUCGAUGUCAGAUGAAGAUAGUGGGGACAUUUACGUGGCGAAAAGAGUGGGCAGAGUCAGAAAACCUAUGGUUCCAUUCACAAUUGAGGGAAAUCCACCAGUCAAGAAAAAAAGGGGAAGGCCACCUAAAAAUCCAGUGGGAUUAUUGCCGGAGAUCAAAAAGGAAAAGAAAAAACGAGGUCGACCUAGGAUCCAUCCUAAAGUUGAGAAAGGCAUCAAACCAAGAGGAAGACCGAGGCUCAAACCGAUCGUCCCUGGACCAGCACAUCAGCAGUACCAGCAUCAUUUCCCAGAAUCGGCACAUCAGCCAAAAGCUGAGAACCAUAUGAUAGAGGUGGUACCAUCAGAUAGCCUCAGAUACCUCACCGCACCACCCACGGCCAUCAACGAACCAGGUAACGACGCGAUGGUCAUGGAACCAGAAAUCGAAAUACAAGAAGAUGCGAUGACGGCGGACGACAGGAACAGCUUCUUGCAAAAUAUUGGACUUUUGCAGAACUCGAUCGGUACUAUUGGAGAAUGUACCAUCACCAUGGCGCCACCUAUCUAGUAAAGAAACGGGAGUUAAGUUGCACGGUCAUUCAGGAGGAAACCGCGGAGACACUUGCUGCCAUCAAGUGGCACGUCGCUUUCUCUCGCUGCGCAAACUUUAGUUGGAUUAUUUUAAAAUGAACCUAGCGGGCUUGCUCUUUUAUGGUCCUCAGUAUUGUUGUUGGUGCCAGCUAAGGUCGAGUUUUAUUUCAGUGACUUACUAUUAGGUUGUUCGGAAAGCUCUUGCGGUGUUUAACUUUCAAAUUCAGAGCUUUAACAAAACCUUAUUAAUCAAAAUAAAAACCAUUAGAAUGAGUACAGUUUUGCCGACGAGAAACAAGUUUAUUUAUGCCGCGAACGUAGAAAUCCGGAGUUCUGGAGGCGAUGAACUCAUUGAAGUCAUUUUGGCAUCGUCAUGGUUAUUAAAGCAUUUCUCGCGAAGGAAGCUGUCGAGGUGUUUGAAAAAGUUGUAGUCGGUGGGCGAGAUGUUCGGCGAAUAUGGUGUAUGAGGCUGAGUUUUAUAGCCCAAUUCGUUCAGCUUUUGCAGGGUCGGUUGUGCGACGUGUGGCCAAGAGUUGUCGUGGAGGAGAAUUGGUCCCUUCGCAUUGACAUAUGUCAGAGCUUCUUAUGCAUUACGUCGAUUUGCUGGCAGUACUUCUGCGCCGUAGUGCUCCCAUAUUUAGAAAGCUGUGGUGGAUGAGACCGGCUGCAGACCACCAAACAGUCGUCAUAACCUUCUGUUGUGGAGCCCGUUGCUGUCCAAUCACUGCGCAGAACGUCGCCUAUUGUCGUAGAGAAUCCACUUUUCAUCACAUGUCACAAUCCAGUCGAGAAACGGGUCGGGUCGUUUUUGUUGCGUAGAAGAAGUGCAUACGCCACCUCAAAACGAGGAUUUUUCUGAUCUUCGCAUUCAUCGAGCUUUUUUACUUUCCGAUUCGUUUCAAGUGGUCGGAAAUGAUCGCAAUACCCACACUAAGCUCCUCAGCAAGCUCACGAAUAGUUGUGCGCGAGUUUUCUUCCUCCAGGGCCUUUAAUUCAUCGUCGUCCUCAUCAUGUGGCCGACCACUACUCAUUUGAUCUUCAAGGCUCUCGUCACCGCUGCGGAAUUUCUUGAACCACUAUUGUGCCGUACGUUCGUUAGUGGUUCCUUCGCCAAAUACAUCGUGGAUAUCGCGAGCUGUCUCGGCAACUUUUCUACCUGAUUUGAACUUUAAUAAGAAAAUCUCGAACCAAUUCUCGAAGCACUUAUUCCACUCGUUUGCUGGCAGAUCCAAAACGGCAUUUUUGAAUGCGUCAACUGCUUCUUCUGGUGACUGGAGCCUUUGACCACGCAAUCUGUUUUUAAUUUUCGGGAAAGUGAAGAAAUCGUUAGGACUAAGAUCGGGACUAUAUGGAGGAUGGUUUUCUUCCGUUAAAUACUGCCUUGUUUUUUGGGCUGUGUGCGAGCUUGCAUUGUCUUGGUGGAGGAUGAUUCUUCUUUCGGGGUUGAUUUUUCGAAGCUCGGUGAUGACUUUUGGCAAACAAAUCGUGGUAUACCAAUCCGCAGUAACAGUUCUUUGCUCAUUAAGAGGAAUUGUAACAAUAUGUUCCGCUUUUGACACAAAUGUCGCGACCAUCUUUUCGAAACACUUCGAGAACGGAUGACUUUUGUUGGCUUUUCUUCAACUUGGAACACCCAAACAGCCGACUGUCGUUUAUUUUCUGGUUCAUAACAGUAAAUCCGCGAUUCAUCACCACUAACAAUGCUGUACACAUUUUUUGAGUUUCCGGAAUUGAAGCGGUCAAGCGUUUUUUAACACCAAUUAACCCUGGCUGCUUUCUGCUCUUCAGUCAACAGGUGUCUCUGAAAGUUGUAAUAAAUUAUGGCGCGAAAAUGUUCUCGGUUGAGUUCCAUUUUUCUAAUGACUUGGUGACACUUAAAAAUUCACUGCAGUGAGAACACUGCACGUAUUGUUGUGAAACUUUGAAUUUAAGUUUACUAAAGAGUGAUGUUAAGAUUCAGUACUGACAUUCGAUCCACGCGGACUACUAUGUUUCUAUAUGCAAAACUUAAAAGACAUACCUCGUAAUUUGGCUAUUUGCGUUAAAAAUCUGCAAUUUUGAUUUUACAAAAUGUCAAUACACACAGAAUCACUCGCACUGGUAGGACGAAUCUAACAAUACCUCAUAUGUCAAAAUCCAUCAAGUCAUUUGGACUGUAGCUCGUAAAAUAGAAUUUUUUGUUUACAUGUAUAGAUACUCAUCUCCGUCAAACAUACAGAUUUUUUAAGGUUAGGCACUUAUCGUAGCAAGCUGACAUUUUCAUGGUUUAUUUUACGUGGAUUGAAAUAGUUUUUAAAAUAAAAUGAAUAAUGAAAUACCGCCCUCCAAAGUUGAGAGAUGGGAAAGAUUUUUAACAAAAAAAAUUAAUUUAGGAUUUUUUGCGUUGAUUUAUAAUUAGCGCUGUUAAAAAGUGUCAACUAUUGCUAAAACUAACCAUUUAGCUCAUCUCAAAAGAAAAUAACAGCCCUAAACCCAAUGGUUUAGUUGUAACUGCGAUUGAAAGUUCAUUAUACCGUUUUUUUUUUUCGAAAUUUCACAGAAUUGCAAAUAUUUCCUGAACUAUAAAAUUUCGGACCACACAUAUAGGGUCUCAUUCGAUAGGUUUGCCAGCCUGACUUCCGUUGAUCCACCACUAACUUUACACCCUGUAUAAGGUCAAAGUAUUAUAAAUACAUUUUAGUGUAAAAUUCAUCAUUUAAAAUAUACUUAACAAGAACUCUCCGAACAACCUAAUAAAUAAAGGGUGUCCCAAAAUUAACGCAAAUUUUGAAUUAGAUAUAAAACACGGUUUUAUGUCAUUAGGUUGUUAUUUUUUAUUGAAGCAUAAAGUAUUUAGGGUAGCGAAUAGCACAAUGGACAAAUGGCCUCCACGGCUUUGCUGGCACAUACGCACUCUUUUGUCCAAAUUGUUCAUGACCUUUUAGCAUAAUGGUGGCUGAAUUUCGUUGAUGCGCCGUUUUGUAAUGCUAUGGGCUUGUUGACAUACACCCUUGAUUUUAAAUAACCCCAUAAGAAGAAAUCUAAUGGUGUUAAAAUUACACGAUCUAGGGGGCCGAAACGGGAAAGUACACGACCAGGAAAUGUCUCGUGCAGUAAUUGAAUUGCUUCACUGGCUGUAGGGCAUAUAUUGGACACGUCCAUAGCAUCCAAUUUCGGUAGAAACAACUGUGUUAUGCCGCGAUAUCGAGCAUCAGUAACAUUUACUGCUUCACCAGCCUCGUUUUCAAAUAAUGCCUUCAGCACAAAAUCGGCUCCAAAUAGUAACACGUUGCCCACGACGUAGAAUUGACGUUCCUGGGUUUUCACCAACACUCUCACGCACUGCUUCCACCUGAACAUUUAAAAUGCUUGUUUUUGGACGACCGGUGUGUUUAGCGCCUCCCUGAAUUUUUCAAUUAAUCUUUUCCCAGGUGACUAGGUUAAAACACUAUUCUGGCCAUAUUUCACAUACAAUUUUCGAACUGCGGACGCUAAACUUUCAUUAUGUUUGAAAUACUGUACGAGGGUGGUCUCAGAAGUACCCGACCCAACGAAGAAAAUACAAAAUUUUUCGUGAAAAAAUUUUUCAACAUAAUCUCCUUUGAGAUCUAUACACUUUUCCCAGCGAUGUUCAAUAAGUUCGAUACCCUUUUUAUAAUAAGAACUGUCUUGCUCCUCAAAAUAGCCAUUAACUGCCGACAUCACUUCUUCAUCGUUGGAAAAUCUUCGACCACUGUGCCAUUUUUUCAAGUUUGGAAACAAAAAAUAAUCCGAGGGGGCUAAAUCUGAAGAAUAGGGUGCAUCAGGUAGCAAUUUAAACUUUAAUUCGUUAAUUUUGGCCAUUGCAAUAACGGAUUUGUGAGCUGAUGCAUUGUCUUGAUGAAACGACACUUCCUUCUCAACCAAAUGCGGCCGUUUUUGCUUGAUUUCAUCGCUCAAACGUUGCAAUAAGUUCGCGUAGUUCAUAGUUUUACCUUUUUCAAGAUAGUCAAUGAAAAUUGUCCCACGCGCAUCCCAAAAAACCGGCGCCAUAACGUUGCCUGCAGAUGAAACGGUCUUCGCCUUGUUUGGAGCCGGUUGUCCCUUUUCAGUCCAUUGUUUUGAUUGUUCUUUUGUCUCGGGUGUGAAGUGAUGGACCCUGUUUCAUCCAUGGUUAUGAAACGACGCAAAAAUUCACUCAAUUGAAACAUCUUCACGACACUGUUUUUGCUCGAUUGUGAGCAAUCGCGGCACCCAUCUUGCACACAGCUUUCUCAUGUCCAAAUUUUCAGAUAAUAAGCGAUGAAUAGCACUUUUUGAAAUGCCUACUAUGUCUGCUAGCUCGCGCACUUUCAGUCGACGAUCAUUCAUUACCACUUUGUGCAUUUUCUUCACCAUUUCUGGAGUCGUCACAAAUUCACUGAAAACGUUCAGUAUUGAUGGCUGCCAAACAAAUACUGAACAACGGGGCGUCUUCAAACUUGACACAUAUGCUUUAUAGGUUGCAUACUUUCUAAUACAAUGAUAUAUUUCAAACAACUAUCGCCAUCUCUAGGUCAGGCCGGGUACUUCUGGGACCACCCUCGCACAAUAAUUAAAACUCGUUCUAUCGUAUAACGCUCCAUUUGUACUAACCCUUACCUCUCAUAUGUCGAAUUGUUCUUUUUUUCAGACCUGCCCACAAUUUACUGCAAACACGGGGACCAAUUCAAAUCUUGCGUUAAUUAUGGCGCCCUUUACAAAUAGUAUCUUUUUGAAUCUGGCACAUGAGUUAGUUCCAAAGUACUUCUUGAAGCAAAAUAAAAAAUUGUGUCAUGUCUAUAGUUAAAUUCAUAUAUUAAUCAGUGCUACGACACGGGAUUGGUUGUUCUUUCUGACAUACCGAAGCAUUAUGAUCGUGAAAUGUUUUGGUUAUUUUUUAUACAUUUCGAUCUUCGCCUUUGGGAGAUACAAAGUCGCUUAAGUGGGGGUCAAGUUGCAAAUCAACAAAACGACGAUUAAAAAGUUUCGUAAUUCCAAGUACUCCCGUAGAGAGACGGAAAAACCGAAUUUUCCCAGAAUUGUUUUAUUUUUUUUUGACUUCAUUUGUAGUGGGAUAAAUUGCACAUUAAUAUUGCCACUUUUUCUCCUCUACAAGAUGGCUUAAUUAGAAUUUCGAUAUGACGUUUCGCCGCUUGUUCUCCGACAUCAACUUUAUUUCUUCAUAUUGACGGCAUAUUGGACUUUUGCAUAGAUGAAUAGAGUUUUCAAUUCUGAUUCCAAAAAUGUAAAAUACAUACAUUGACAUUACCAAACUUUAGUUAUUUCAAAUAAUCAGAAUGUCCUAGAUUGACCUUGAAACUUCCUAAGCGGCAUUUUUUUUUUAAUUAGCUGAAUACGCAACUUCGCAGGGUAUUGAGUUUAGGCAAAAUUAGGAUUUCAAAUAGACAAAUCCCUUUUUAUAAUAAAGCUAAUCAGGUAGGUGUCAAUUUAAAGUUUAAUUUGUUGAGAAGCUUUUGUGUUCCAGCCAUUUUCAUGAUGAUGAUAAUAGGAUGUCCAGUGGAACAGUUCACUUUUUGAUUCAAGAAAUAAAACACAAACUUAAUGAUAAGAACAUAUUUAUUACUAUCAACAUAUUCGUAAAUUCGGCGAGUUUUAUUUCUUAAACAUCAUUCCGCCCAAAUGUUUGUCAUCCCUUCUAAUAGCGCGCGCAAAUUCUGAAACACUCUUGCAGAGUUCCGGAGUGACGUUGUUGUUGUUUAUUUCUCGUCCUUUUAAGCUCCUCCACUGUUCUUGGAUUAUUGGAAUACACUUUGGCUUUAGAUAAGCGCAUAGCGUAAGGUCUGGUGACCCAGGAGGCCAGUGAAUGUCUCCAAACUUCGAUAUAACUUUUUGAGGAAAACGUGCUUUCACCGUGUCCAUGGAUUCUCUGGAAGUAUGCGCAAUGGUUCCAUCCUGUUGAAACCAUGCGUUUCUGUUAAAUCGACGUUCUGUUCUUACAGUAGGAGCAAGAAAGUGUCAAUCAUGUCCUUGUAUCGCUCGGAAAUGACUGUCAAUACUUGACCGUUUUCAUCUUCAAAGAAAUACGGCCCAAUAAUACCGCUAGAGGAUAUGACGCACCAAACAGUCGCCUUUGGACUAUGUAGUUGAUGUUUCUGUUUUGGGUCCGUUGGUGCCCAAUAUAUGCAAUUUAAAUUUGAAAUGUGAACUUUUCCGCUGGACCUGUAUUUAUAAUUUUCCUAUCUAGUGUUUCAAUGUUUUAUUUAUAUUUCAAAUAUUUGUAUAUUUAGUAACAAAGUGGAACUUCAUUCUUGGUCAACUUAACAUAUAAUGCAUCUUACAAUGUACAUAGAAGUAUGUGUAUAUGAAACUAUUUUGCCCUAAUUAUGCACUUAAUUCAUUGUACUUUUACAUAUAUUUUUUUUUUAGAAUGGUAACUUCCAUGUUUUGAGUAUUCUUUUUUUUUUAAUUAAUAUAUGUUGUAACACAAAAAUGUAUUCAUUUAUAGGUGAAAUCUGACUAGCAGUUUUCGUGCAUGAAAUGUUCAUUGAUUCAUAUCCUAUAAAUAUAUGUGUAUUUUUA